GAUUGCUUCGAUACGGGCGAAAACAGUGUAGCAGACCGGUCGUUGAGCAAGCUGCCGAGAAUGCGGGGAAACUCCACUUUAUGUCAAGUAACAAGGAGGGAGGUGACAGUCUUUAAGGAUCACUCCUUACGUGGAGGAGAUGGAAGAGUGCUCGGAGAGAGAGCCGCGAAGUUCAGGACAAGAAGCCCCAAGAUCGUCAUCAACAGAGAUCGCUACGCUUUCUUUGCGAUGUAUGGAAAGGUUUUGCUAUUUACAACAUCGGUUGAAAGGAGAUGUCUCCUUUCGAAAACUCUCGAGCUGAUACGCCAGCGCGGAAUCGUUCUGGUCCCGGGAAGAUCAUAUACACAGGUCGCUACUUACAAGACAAAGAUGCCUUCUCCGUCGUCCGAAAUAGUUACAGCAUCUGACGGCAAUUGAGAACAUGUACUCGACUCUCUUCGACAGCUAUGUCAACCUGACUACCUCCAUCUUGGACAGAACAGAUCUGUCGUUCCUCCAGUUCAUUCUUUCGGAAUUCGACACGCCAUCAUGCCGGCGAAGAACACUUUGGCGCUCUUAUGGGUUGGUCCUUAUGUGUUUAACUUUUGUGAAAGAAUCGUUCCUAAAGCACAGUUGACAGUUCACUGUAUGAAUGAAGACCUCCCCGUGACAAGAGAAAGACCUCAAAUGGGAAUGAUAAUUCAAAAUGAGACCUGUAUAACUAGACGUGUUUCAGGACUGAUUUCGAAUAUAAGUUCCGAAUUUGCCAGGCGGUUUUCUAAACUGAAUUAUUGA